UGGAGCUCUAACGGCCGUUGGAGGAGAGAACGCGGCGGCUCUGGGCAGGGUCUCUCUCUGCUACUGGAGCCACUCUCUUCCGGACUCUAGUUGAUUGGAGUCUCCCAGGAUGGCUGUGCAAGAGAAAUACCCAGGCGGGAGGAUUUCCCAAUCCAGUCCAGCAGAUUCCAAAUUGAUUCAGAAGGGCAGUUCCCUGGGGACUGAAUGGCAGACCCCAGUCAUCUCAGAGCCGUACAGAAGCCGCUUCACCCGCUGUUCAAGCGUGGCUGACAGUGGGGACACGGCCAUCGGCACGUCAUGUUCUGACAUCGUUGAGGAGUUUUGCAGCUCGAGUGGCAGCUCGUCCUUCCAGCCCAUCAAAAGCCAAGUAACCAUUCCUACAGCCCAUGUGAUACCAUCUACUUUGGGGACCUCUCCAGUCAAGCCAGCUUCCACCCAUACGGGGCUCCUUUCCUCCAAAUUGCCUGUGUCAGGAUUGUCUGAAAAUGUGGGACUGCCCCGGAAUGGAGACCUCAGCACUAUGAAAAGAUCUCCGGGCCUGCCGAGGGAUCUCAUGUACCUCUGUGGAACUCCUGAGGAAAAUGGAAUUGAACCGUCCUGGUUUCCUGCUUUGGGCCAUGAAAGAGAAGAGGAAAUGAGGAAGUUUGAUACUCCCAACAUGGAGCCAACCCUCAACCAGUCGGUACUGAUGGAAACACUGUAUUCAGAUCCCUACUAUCGAUUCCACCUGCAAAAUCCAACAGCUGAGACAGGCAAGGAGUUGUACAAGGUGCUGCCAGAGACUAAGAAAGCCCCAGGUGUUGGGGCUGGAUGUGAACGCAGUGGGACCCAUGCGAUUGCUGGUGGGCUGCUUCAGGCAGCAUCUGGCUUCCCGAAGCCUCUCCAGUUGCAGGGGUGGCCGCAAGGCCCUGACACUUGGCAUUCCCAGGAACAGUCUUGUGAACUCAGCACAUGCCGACAGCAGCUGGAGUCAAUUCGGUUACAGAUGGAACAAAUGAAGCUUCAGAACGGAGCCACUUGCCACCACCCCACAGCUUACGCUCCAUCUGUGCCAGCCUUGGAGCCAGCCCAGUGGGUGAGCAUCCUGAACAGCAAUGAGAGCCUCCUGAAAGAAAAGGAUCUUCUCAUCAACAAGCAGAGGCAGCAUAUCUCUCAGCUGGAACAGAAGGUCCGUGAGAGUGAGCUUCAGGUCCACAGUGCCCUGUUGGGCCGUCCUGCCCACUAUGGGGAUGUCUGCAUGCUGAGGCUACAAGAGUUGCAGCGAGAGAACACUUUCCUCCGAGCACAGUUUGCACAGAAGACAGAAGCUCUCAGUAAAGAAAGGUCGGAGCUUGAAAAGAAACUCUCUGCCUCAGAAGUGGAUGCACAGCUCAUCCGGGAGUCCCUCAGGGUGGCGUUGCAGAAACAUUCAGAAGAAGGAAAGAAACAAGAAGAAAGGGUCAAGGGACGCGACAAACACAUUAACAAUCUGAAAAAGAAAUGUCAGAAGGAGUCGGAGCAAAAUCGGGAGAAACAGCAGCGCAUUGAGACCCUCGAGCGCUAUCUGGCUGACCUGCCCACGAGAGAGGAUCAUCAGAAGCAAAGCCAGAAGCUCCGGGAAUUAGAGCUGAAGAACUCAGACCUUCAGGAGCAAGUGACGGACCUGGAGAGAAAGCUGGGAGAGGCCCGGGCAGGCUGCACGGAACGGGAAUCUCAGCUCGAGAGCCUGAAACAGAGAGAGCGGGAACUGCUGUCCGUUGUGCAAAGUUUGCAAGAUAAACAAUGUUCGAAGAAGGCCAGUGGUGGGAACCUGGUUCAACAAGUGGAAAGCCCCAAAGUGGAGACUGAAUCUUUGCAGAAAGAAUGUGAUUGCCUGAGGAAGAUCGUGGAUAAGCAACAGAAGAAAAUAGACCAAUUGUGUUCACAAGUGAAGAGCCUGGAGGCGGAAGUGGUUCAAGAAGAAGGAACUGGUCAAGCUCUGAAGGAGGAGGCCCAGAGGAGGGAAAAUGCCUUGGAGCAGCUGCGCUUGGCAGUAAAGGAGCUUUCAGUGCAAAACCAGGACCUGAUUGAGAAGAACCUGACCCUCCAGGAGCACCUUCGCCAGGCCCAGCCAACUUCUUUGCCCUCUGCAGAUACAGCCCAGCUGGCCCACGAGCUGCACCAGGAGCUGGGCAGCUGCCUGCACGAUCUGCAGGCUGUAUGCAGCAUUGUGACCCAGAGAGCCCAGGGCCGAGACCCCAACCUAUCCCUCCUCCUGGGCAUCCAUUCUGUGUCCCACCCCUCGACUGAGCUAGAUUUGCAAAAGCCAGAUGUGAUCAUCAAGAAAUUAGAAGAAGUCAGGCAAUUGCACCGGGACAUCGAAGAAUUACGUACCACCAUGUCUGACAGAUAUGCCCAGGACAUGGGGGACAACUGCAUCACCCAGUGAUGACCUAGGAAAUAGAAGGGGGAACCAGCCAGAGGAGAGGCCAGGCCAGUGACUGCCUCUUGAUUGCUGUGAGGGAGUGGUGAAUAACUUCUCCUGCGAAGGAUAUGUCUUCUCCUUCAGGAACAUGUUUAUUGGCACUUGCCAGGCCUGCUUUGUGCCCCUUGGUGGUGAUGGGGGAGAUCGAGUUAAUCAUUAACUGGCCUUCCCCCGGCACAACCUGCUGUCCAGGAGAACCCUGCUCUGGCCUCAGGCUCCGGUCAGAGGAAGCCUGGUCUGUUGCCUCACUACGCCAUCCUAGCAGAUGGGAACCAGGAUCAACUUUACACUGCUUUGCCCACAGCAUUCCUUAAGAGGCCGGGCUAGAAUGAGUCCCUGGACACUUGCUAUGAUUGCCCUCAGAUCAUUAACAACAAGGAUUCUCCAUGCCUCUCCGACCCUGCCUUAAGAUACCACAUGCCCAGGGUUGGGGUGCCCAGGCACAGAUCUCCAUCUUUUCCCCUCAGGGUUGACUAAGAUGAGAUGAUCUAGGAGGGGGAAGGAAGGAAGGACCCUUCUCAUCUCGGGGGCCAAGGAGCAUCCCAUAUAUCUCAGGGUCUUUUCAUUUAGCCAAGUCCCCAUAGCAUUGUAAAGGGGAAGUGGAUUACUUGUCACUCUUGUGCCUUAAUUCUUCUCCCUCUCACCUCCCACCCCCAGCUAAGUUGGCCCCCUGGAGCCACCCAGGCCAUAUUUUCAACCUGGCAUUGUGGGUGUGCCUAGCUAUGGAGCAGACAAAACCUGCUCACUUUCUUUGUCCUCAUUUCUAGUCUCUGCAAGCAGUAGGGGACUGGAUGCUGUUGCUGGGAGGAAUGGUGCAGCUGGCCUUCACCAUCCUUCAGCCGAGCAUCUGCUCCUCUGUGGUGCCAGUAGGGCAGAGGCGUCCCUUUUCCCUCCUUUCCUCUGGCUACCUCGUCCCAGAAAGCUGUGGGCGAGCUGCCUGGGUUCUUGGGGAGUCUCCUCUCUGUCCUUUCCUGCCCUGUUGGGUUAGGAAAAGCCCCUCCCACCUUGAGGGAAGGCCUGAGUGUGUUGGCUCCCCUGGAAAACCCUCAACACUAAUGCCCACGCAGGCUGUGGCACCGCGGGUUCUAGAUCUUUUAGCUGUUAACAUGUUGACUUCUUAGUUCCAGGUGCAGGUUGGAUUUGAGUUGUUCACAGAGCCUGUUAUAUUGGUUUUUCUGUUAGGGAAGCCUUGGAUCAGCCCCCCUUUUUCAUCUUUCCAGUGUGGAGAGUGAUGCCCUCAUGUGUGCCUGGCUCUGUGUGCUUGUCCUAGGUGUACAUGUGAGAACAUGUGUGAUCACAGCUGGCCCCGUGGCGUGGUUGGUGCAGAUCCUUGCUGCCCCAGGAGCUUGCACGACCCUGACUCUGGUCUUCAGGCUAGUAAGCAGAUUGGGGGGGGGGUGCCCUUCCCCAGUUGUGUUUAAUUUUACAGGAUGUGUUCAGACAAAGCUGCUGUGGCCGCAGAGGCUGCCUCCCUCCCCCUGGCCUCGGGCAUCCUCCUAGUCGAAGCCAAGCUGCCUUCUUGUUCUCCACCGGGGGCUGGGAGCCAGGGCGGAGCUCAGGGCUGUUAUUCCUCAAAGUUUAUAAGCACAGAUAAAGUAUUUAUAUGAAUCUUUGUCAUAUUGACCGGUUUGUAUUAUUUUGAUUACAAAAUAAAAAGAUUUAACUGGC